ACGGGUUAGUUUUAGACAGCACAUACUCUGCACUCAAAACAGGGAGGGAGAGAGCAAGGGAGAGCGAGGGAGCUGCAAGCCAGCCGUCCCUUUGCAGCGGCGCAGCUAUGGCACCUUGGAUAAGAUUGAGUCUUUCAAAGCCUCUCCCAACCAUACGUGAAACCCAUGAGGAAGCGAUGGAAGACUCAAUGAGCAACCCGAAGCACGCUGCAAGCACUGCCACCAGCCCAGACUCCUACUCCAGUGAUGAUUACAUUCAAUCCAUCUGCCACCUCGCCAGACCCACCUUCCCAGGCCUUCCUGAAAGCAACUGUGAGGUCCAGGAGAGAAAGACCCUGCAGACCCUUGAAGAUGUGUCAUCAUCCUCAUCCCUUGGGAGGACACAGCUGGAAACAUCAAAAUGUAAAUUGACCAAUUUCAUCUCAAACAUGGUGCCACUGGGAAAAGUCACACCUGCAGAAGUCAACUUCUGGUCCAGAGAGGACCCCCUGGCACAAAUUUACACCCGUGCAGGAAAACUCUGCUCCUCCAAGGCUUCUUUGUUUGGUAGAAGCUCCAGCACUGGUUACUCAUGGUGCAACUCUUCCACCUCGGAUGGUGAACUUCAUCCCCCAACCAUGAAAGAAAAAGUCACAGGGAACCCCAGUUUUCCACAAGUGUUCAGUUUUCCAAGGCUUCCCUCCCCAAGACCAGUGCAGAAAGAUGCAGCCUGCUCAGAGACAAAGUGUCUCAGAAGGGAUGAGGGGACAGUUUUAGGGAGUAACCACAGUCAGAGAGAAAACAGCCCCAUGUUCAUCAACACCGAAGAGCAAUCGCCAUCCUCAGCCAGAGGGAAGCUAGGAGGAAACCCAGCCUUGCCCUGCUCUGUGAGAAGGCAGAGUUAUUUGUUCAAUACAGCAAGCACCUAUGAAAAAGAAGGGAGAGAAACUUCUCGCUGUGACAAAAAUGUAAUGGGUGAUGUCCUCACGAAGCAAAAGUACUCAGAGUGUUUCCAGGUACCUAGAAAAGCUGUGAUCCGUAACUGGAUUUCAGAGCACAGAUGCAUCUGGAAAGAAGCAAAGGUAAAAGCUUGUUUGCUCCCAGCUAUUGCUGAAGUGUGAAGAAGUAGCUGCUCAGAAUAAUUUUAUUUAAAAGAUAAAACCACUCUGUGCUCUAGAAGCUCUCCCUGGAGUCUUUACACAGAAAACACGGAUUGACUGUGCAUGCAAGUCAGGCAGACUUUUGUGACCCAUCAUAUCCCUCAUCAGUGGGCAAAGGGACAACUCAGAGUCUCAUCCACUAAGGAAAGAGCAAUUAGUUCUCAUUUUGGAAAGACAACAGUUCAUAAAGCAUUUCCCUCAACUUAUUGCCUAGAACUGUCCUGAGCAAGAAGAAAAGCUGGAAAGAGUCUCAGCUCCAUCUGUUCUGGAGAAGUGAUCUGCAGGAACAUCAAACUACUGGUGGCAUCCAGCAAAUGCCAAACAGCCAGAUGCUGCUCACACUUUGGAACAGUCAUUCUGACAGGAACAUUUCAACAGAUGCCUGGGCAGUACUAGAUGUGCUCUCCUUGACCACAUGCAUUUGCUAGGAGACCAUUACAGAUCACUCUGUCAACAACAGAACAUCAUGGGAGAGGUCACCUGCAGUACCAUAUAGUAUUUGGUUUUAAAUCAUAAGAUUUAAAGUCUUAUGAGGAUUUGCUAGAGGGUAACAUGGAAACUAUUACAACUCCUCUGGAUAGAGAUUUUUCCGUUGCUUACCCUGGCACAGCUCUGUUACCUUUACUCCAUGAUUUACCCUUGGCAGGAGGAGAGCUGGAAGUCCUGGACAGGCACUGCUGUGUCCAGCGCGGCGACUGUCCUGCAGCUGGAACAACCCACAGUGCAGCUGUAAGAAAACAGGUAUCACUCUGAGCUCUGCCCUGCACUGCACCAGCCAGGCUGCACACUGCAGCACCUAUGGAGGCUGGUGCUCAGGUGCAGGAGCCCCACGAGCUCCGUGGCGUGCCCAGAAGAGCAACUUUGGCUGAGGGGCAGACUGGGGAUUCUGGGCUGGUGUUCAUAGGACCUGCAUGUAAAAUAACUUCUGGGUUUCCCUUCGUAUCUGUGCUUCUGUACUCUCACCUACCUAACCAUGCUAGCCACGCUGGCUGUGUUAUGCCUGGUGCUGGGAGACUGAAACAUGAAAGAACCACGUUACCACCAUCCAGCACAUCACGUAUAUUAAGCACUUCAGUUGAUGUUAGCACUACAGAGGAAGUCUGUAAGAAGAGAAGCCUUCCUGCACAGCUGUGGGAUGUCAGCACAGCGUGCUGAGCACACAUCCAGAUCACCCUCACUGCUGUGGGAUGUCAGCACAGCGUGCUGAGCACACAUCCAGAUCACCCUCACUGCUGUGUGGACACUGUUCUGUCCAGAGAAGCUGUCUCGUGUCAGCACAUUCUCCUGCAGUCAGAGCAAUCCCACAUUCCCGUGCCUGGUACCACAGUCUCCACAGCCAGUCAAGAGAAGUAGGGGAGAAAACUGCAAAGCAACACUAGCAUAAUUAUUGUGACUACUACUAAGAAUAAAUCCUUUGGCAUGGAGGGGAGGAGUACGAGGAUCAGGCUGUUCAACAGCAGCGAAGAUGGGAAAUACCAUUGGAAAGCUGUAAUUGUAAAAAUGCUCACAAGCAGUUUCUAAACCACCCUUGAGCAGAUUAAAUGAGAAGGCAGCUUCUGUUCAGUACCAAUGUAAGUGUAAAUAUGCUCAAGGAGCAAAAGGUCAGCAUAUUGAGCAUCUCAUUCUCACUUCUCUUACCUCAAGUAUGUUUUCUCCUGUUAAAACUCAUUAGUGCUAUGGAGCUGAACUGCUUCUCAUCUUUGUUUCUGAACUAAUCACACGGCAAGAAAAGAAGUGAAGGUGGCUCCAGCAUUUGUUGGAGCUGAUGGAGAGCUGAGGCCUGCUCUGCCUCCUCCACAUCUUUCCCUUCCUUCUUAGGUUACCACUGGGAUUUAAGUGAUGCUUGUCCUCAUUGCCCUGCUGAUACUUUUAAUUCUGUCAGUGUGAAUAUUUAUGACAUGAAUGCCUAGCAAGUCUUGUGCCAACUGCAUGUAUCACUGCUUUUGACAGAGGAAACAAAUAAAAU